AUGGUAACCGUCCUCCUCAUCCUCGACGUCCAAAACGGGGUAAUCGACCGCCUCGACAACACAGAGCCCUACCUCGAACGUCUGGCGUCAAUUGUCACUUCUGCACGCAAGAUCAACGUGAAAAUCAUCCACGUUAUUACCGGCUUUCGUCCAGGCUAUCCUGAAAACCACCCAAAUAACUCAUCUGUGCCCGCUGUCGUCGCACGUGGUGAAUAUAUCGAAGGCCAAUCGUCGGUACAAGUCCACCCGGCCAUCGCACCUGUAUCUGGAGAAGUGGUCAUCAUCAAGCGUCGCAUCUCGGCCUUCUUCGCUACGGAACUUGAUAUGCUUCUGCGCUGCGCAAAUGUCGAGUCGAUCGUUGUCGCUGGCUUGAUCACCAGUGGAGCUGUGCUAUCGACUGUCCGCCAAGCAAUGGAUAUGGACUACCGUAUUACGGUUUUGGAGGAUGGCUGCAUGGAUCGCGAUGAGGAGUUGCACCGCGUGCUGAUGGAGAAGGUCUUCGCGCGCAAGACGGAUGUUGUUUCGUCCAAGGAGUGGGCGGAGAAGCUUUCCAGCGCGGACGAGCGCUAA